ACGAGUGGUCGCUUUUUGGUAGCUUUGCUUUGAGGCCUCAGUGCCAACGUAAACCGGCUGAGCGACUGCUAUUCAUCACACAUCAUGGCAGGCCGGUUCAGUGUCUACGAUUAUGAUGACGAUCUUGGAGGCUUUGGUGGGAUUGGUGCCUUUGGCAAUCGCUUCAAUGACUUUGACGAUUACCAGGAUGAUGAUGCGGGUGCUGGAGGCGAAAUCGAGGAACAACCCAUCUUUGACAAGAAGAGCUGCUUCCGUGAUCGUGAGGAGCGCAUCGUAGCCGUGGGCGCAGCCAAUGACAAGCUCUUCAUCGCUCAGCGUCCCAACACUGUGGGCAUGUAUCGCCCGCAAGUGAGCAGCCCCGAAGAAACCUUCGACGUGUCCGACUACCUCCAAACCGUAUCCAACCUUUUCGUGGAUCCCCAAGGAAUCCAUCUCAUCGUCUGUGGUGAAACGGCCGAGGGAAACCAUACCACGGUGUACGUCAACACACACACACAUCAGCGCACCAAGUGCGCUCCCAUCCGACCGCUACAGAGCCACCGCGUGACUGCCGUGGCCUGGGACCCCGUCUUUCGCGACGAAUCAAGCUCUCACUCGGGCCACGUUCUCGUGGGCACAUUUGAUGGUGCCGUCUACUCAGUUGUAUUUGACGGUGGCGUGCGCGAUUGCGAAUCGGUGUGGAGCUUUCCUCAAGUUCGCGGUCGGCCCUCGCCCAUUUGCUCCCUUCAUGUUGAAUUACUCAGCGGUGGCGAACUCUACGUUACCGUCUCUUCGACUCACCUCUUGAAGCAAUUCAUGGCCCUGCCCAAGGCUAACGAGCGUCAUCCUUAUGCUUUUGUGUUCAAGCACCCACUACCCAAUGCUGAGCAGGAGGUGAUGGUCCCGAUCUCGCGAUCACAACUGGUUUACCACGGUCGACAGGGCGAGACAGCGUCGGCUUUUGCGUGGUUGACUGGCCAGGGUUUGAUUGUGGGCAACUUGGAUCUUGAGCUGGCACGCACCGGCAACCGCUCCGCCAUCCCGUCGUAUGAUGUGCUGCCCUACGAUGUAGCCUUUAUUGAUGGGGAUGAGGUGCCUCGGAACCUGGGCGAGGACCGCGCCAAUCCUGACAGUGACCCACGUAAUCCCCAGGCCAUCAUGCUCACCCAGUUUCACGUGCUUCUCUUGUAUCCCCGUGCCCUGCGCAUUCUGUGCACGCUGAACAAGCACGCCAUUCCGGGACAAACGUUUCGCCCUGCUCAGGGCGAAAUGCUCAACUUGGUGCGCGACGAGAGCAAUCAGAAAGUCUACUGCUUCUCCAACAAAGCCGUCUUUUAUAUCGAAGCCCACAACGAGGAGCGCGACGUAUGGCGCCUGUACCUGGAACGCGGCAAUUUUUACGAGGCCAUUGAGCAUGCGGGCGGCGAUGCGCAUAAGAUCAACCAAAUUCGCGUCGCACAAGCCGAGGCUCUCAUGGCGGACGGCGCGUAUACUGAGGCAGCCCACAUUUACGCCAAAACAAAUGCAUCGUUCGAGACUGUGGCCCUGAAACUGCUCGAUCAAGGCCCAGAAAACUACGGUGCACUGCGCAACUACCUGCAACAGCGCCUGGGUCAACUGGCGGACACGGAACCGACCAAGAUUGCUCUGCUCAUCACGUGGAUGAUCGAGUUGUACCUGACCUCUCUCAAUGCCAUUCGCUCGUCCAAAGGCCACGACAGUGCUGAUUAUGCCCGCCUAUUUGGCGAGCUGAAGGAGUUUCUGAACCGUGGCAUUUGUCGCACCAAUCUGCACAAGGAAACGGUGCUGGAUCUGAUGCGGGGCCACGGCAACGUGGAUGCACUCCUCUUUUAUGCCGAGCAACAACAAGAUUUCAAGGAGGUGAUUCAGCACCACAUUCAAAUGAACAACAUUGAUGGCGCAAUUUCUGUGCUCAAAGACCAGAUCGACGAGCGCCCCGAACUCUUGGCCAUGUUUGCAGCACAUAUCAUUCAACAUCGGCCCCAGGAGCUUCUCGACAUUUGUCAUCUCAACUCGCGCAUUGAUGCCGGGCAACUUAUUCCAGCCUUUGUGCGGUAUCAACAGCAAGCCAAUUGCAAGGCAGAAACCCUGGAUGCCAUCCGCGCCUACCUUGAGUGGGUGAUUGAGCGCAACCCGCGCAGCAAUGAAAGCGUCUACAACUACCUUGUGUCCCUCUAUGUCACUUUGGACCAGGAGCAGCCCUUGCUGCGAUUCUUGAAGGAGCAAGAAGAGCGCCCGCAGUUUGAUCGUGAUUAUGCCUUGCGCCUGUGUCACGAAAAGAACAAGCUGCGUGCGUGCGUUGAGCUCUACUCCUCCAUGGGCAUGUUUGAGGAGGCCGUCCAAAUUGCCUUGCAGGUUGGCAGUCAACAGGCCGAUGCCAAGCUUGAGCUGGCCACCUCAAUCAUCGAGCGGGUCAAAGAGGAAGAAGCCGAUAAAAUCAUGUCCGCUGACUUGCCGAAGAAGCUGUGGUCCAUGGUGGCUGAAUUUACCGUCAAGGAGAUUUGUGACGUUCCGCUGGCCAUGAAGGUGUUGGAGCAAAGCCAAGUGUUGAAGAUUGAGGACAUUUUGCUUUUCUUUCCCGAUUUCUCGCGGAUCAACGAGGUUCAGGAGCACAUUCAAACUAGCCUCCAGGAGUACAACAACGAGAUUGGCAACCUCAACGAAACCAUGAAAGCAGCCCAGCUCUCCGCCAAAGCAAUUCGUGGCGAUAUCCAGGCCUUAAACCAGCGAUACCAAGUGGUGACAGGCAACAUGAGCUGUGGAUUGUGCGACUACCCCCUGAUGUCGCGCGCUUUUUACGUCGUGCGAUUCAUCAAGCCGUCGGAGCGUAAAAAGGUGGAUCGGCAUCAGCGCGACUUGAAACGCGCGCGGGAGGACCCCAACUUCCGCGUCGACGUAGUACGACUGAAUCGGGAGAUUGACGAGAUUGUGGGGCAAGAUUGCUCGCUGUGUGGUGAAAUGGCCAUCCGUGCCAUCGACGAGCCCUUCAUUCCUGAUGAAUUACUGCCAGAGUAUGUGGAGAGCUGGUCCUUGGGUGAUCUCAAUGUCGCGCAAACCUUUGGAAUGAGCGAGGAGGAUCGUGAGCGCCUGGAGCUCGAGGAGGAACAGGAUGGCGAUGCAGACUUGUUGGAGGACAUGGACGACUUUGAUCCUUUGGGUGACCUGGACGUGUAAACAGCACGCUGAUCUGCUGUACACGUGCCACGCGUCACUUUGACAAACACGAUUAGCCGUAUUGAGUCCGCCUUCUUCCUUUUCUUUUUUUUUCUCCCUCGUUUGGCUUGGAACGGGUAUGAGGCGCAUUUGGGAAUUUUUGUUUUGUUCAGUGCCAAUUGACUAGCCGCAAUAGAUUGCGCACUUGAGAUUAGAUAAUGUAGAUCAACACUCGGAACAAAGUUAAACAAAGUCAUGAUAAGCACUCAAACAACACGUUUCAAAUGCCACCUAAGCUAAGUCGAGAGCUCCUCGCCGUGAGAUCAUCAAGGCCUGCCGCAAUUGGAUGAGCUCCUCUCGUGCCACCGUCUCCAUCUGGCGACAGACAUGCACAGAGCGACGGAACUCGGCAAUGUUGGCCUCGAUGCGAUCCUGGAUUGACCGGUCAGACCCAUCAAUUGCAUACUCUUCAAUUGUGUCUUCGACCUCAUCAACUUGCAUGGCAAGGCCUCGGAAGGUGGAGGCCAUUUCCAUUGUGCGCAGCAGGCGCCC